GACCGGGCGGAGGGAGGAGACGGCGGCCGUGACGGGCUUCCCACAGUGGGAGGGGUGUGGACUUGCAGGAAGAAGGGAGGAAGGGGAGCAGAAAGGGGGCAGCAGCGGCCGCGGCGCUGACAGGCUGGGCGGCAGUCCGGCUCUCCCGAGACUUCGCGCCUACGCGUCGGGCCCCCGUCGGACCCCCGGGUUGUGGAGGCUCCUGUCGGGGAGGACCGCCGCCUCCACCGCCAGGACGCACGGACAGGCCCGGUCCUCGCCGCCGAGGGAUGUGACGGGGAGCCGAGCCCGCACGGGAUCCCCCCACUCCUUCCCGAGGGCCCGGCCUGGCGGACACUCGGGCCGGUUGUCGGGUCCCGGGGCUUCCGCAGACCUCGGCUCGCCCAGGGGGGCGUCGUGGAGGAGGAGGAGGAGAAGGAGGAGGAGGCGCCUUAGGGCUGUGCUGCUGGUUCCCCAAUCAGGCAACGGGAAGAAGAUGUGAACUGUUACUCUUCUGCAGAAAUUUAAAAAAAAAAAAAAAAAGACGGGGUCGGGGGGGAGGAGCCCUUUCUUCCCCCUCAGCGACGACUGAUGUUCUAAAGAAGAUUCUGGAUGUGAAUGGCUUGCCUUACAAUGACAGAAAUGGAGUCAACUUCCACAUCUCCUAUACAUCAGAAUGGUGAUAUUCCUGGAAAUGCCAGUUCUGUGAAGCAAAUAGAGCCAGUCCUUCAGGUGUAUCUUUACCAUUCUCUUGGAAAAACUGAGGGAGAUUAUCUAAAGUUUCCAGCUGGAGAAUAUGUUUCAGAAGAAAUUUGUAUUGCUGCAUCUAAAGCUUGUGGUGUCACCCCUUUGUACCAUAAUAUGUUUGCUUUAAUGAGUGAAACAGAAAGGAUCUGGUAUCCACCCAACCAUGUCUUCCAUAUAGAUGAGUCAACCAAGCUAAAUGUACUGUACAGAAUAAGGUUUUACUUUCCUCACUGGUAUUGCAGUGGCAGCAACAGAACCUAUCGGCAUGGAGUAUUUCGAGGGACUGAAUCUCCUCUUCUUGAUGACUUUGUUAUGUCUUACCUUUUUGCUCAGUGGCGGUAUGAUUUUGUUCAUGGAUGGAUAAAAGUACCCGUGACUCAUGAAACACAGGAAGAAUGUCUUGGGAUGGCAGUGUUAGAUAUGAUGAGAAUAGCAAAAGAAAAGGAUCAGACUCCGCUGGCUGUCUAUAACUCUAUCAGCUACAAGACAUUCUUACCAAAAUGUGUUCGAGCAAAGAUCCAAGAGUAUCAUAUUCUGACAAGGAAGAGAAUAAGGUACAGAUUUCGCAGAUUUAUUCAGCAGUUCAGUCAAUGCAAAGCCACUGCCAGAAACUUGAAACUUAAGUAUGUUAUAAAUCUGGAAACUCUUCAGUCUGCCUUCUACACAGAGCAGUUUGAAGUAAAAGAAUCUGGAAGAGGUCCUUCAGGUGAGGAGAUUUUUGCAACCAUUAUAAUAACUGGAAACGGUGGAAUUCAGUGGUCAAGAGGGAAACAUAAAGAAAGUGAGACACUGACAGAACAGGAUUUACAGCUGUAUUGUGAUUUUCCUGAUAUUAUUGAUGUUAGUAUAAAGCAAGCAAACCAAGAAUGCUCAAAUGAAAGUAGAAUUGUAACUAUCCAUAAAAAAGAUGGUAAAACUUUGGAAAUUGAGCUCAGUUCAUUAAGAGAAGCUUUAUCAUUUGUGUCAUUAAUUGAUGGCUAUUAUAGACUAACUGCAGAUGCACACCAUUACCUCUGUAAAGAAGUAGCACCACCAGCAGUGCUGGAAAAUAUACAAAGCAACUGCCACGGUCCAAUUUCAAUGGACUUUGCCAUUAGUAAACUGAAGAAAGCAGGUAAUCAGACUGGACUGUAUGUACUUCGAUGCAGUCCUAAGGAUUUUAAUAAGUAUUUUCUGACUUUUGCUGUUGAGAGAGAAAACGUCAUUGAAUAUAAACACUGUUUAAUUACAAAAAAUGAGAAUAGAGAGUACAACCUCAGUGGGACUAAGAAAAAUUUCAGUAAUCUUAAAGAUCUUUUAAAUUGCUACCAGAUGGAAACUGUUCGCUCAGACAAUAUAAUUUUCCAGUUUACCAAAUGCUGUCCUCCCAAACCAAAAGAUAAAUCGAAUCUUCUAGUCUUCAGAACCAGUGGUGUUUCUGAUGUACCAAACUCGCCAACAUUACAGAGGCAUAAUAAUGUGAACCAAAUGGUAUUCCACAAAAUCAGAAAUGAAGACUUGAUAUUUAAUGAAAGCCUUGGUCAAGGAACUUUUACAAAAAUUUUUAAAGGCCUAAGAAGAGAAGUAGGAGACUAUGGUCAACUACAUGAAACAGAAGUUCUUUUAAAAGUUCUGGAUAAAGCACAUAGAAAUUAUUCAGAGUCUUUCUUUGAAGCAGCAAGCAUGAUGAGCCAACUUUCUCACAAGCAUUUGAUUUUAAAUUAUGGAGUAUGUGUCUGCGGAGAGGAGAAUAUUUUGGUUCAGGAGUUUGUAAAAUUUGGAUCAUUAGAUACAUAUCUGAAAAAGAACAAAAAUUCUAUAAAUAUAUUAUGGAAACUUGGAGUGGCUAAACAGUUGGCAUGGGCUAUGCAUUUUCUAGAAGAAAAAAACCUUAUUCAUGGGAAUGUAUGUGCUAAAAAUAUUCUACUUAUCAGAGAAGAGGACAGGAAAACAGGAAAUCCUCCUUUCAUCAAACUUAGUGAUCCUGGCAUUAGCAUUACAGUUUUACCAAAGGACAUUCUUCAGGAGAGAAUACCAUGGGUACCACCUGAAUGCAUUGAAAAUCCUAAAAAUCUAAAUUUGGCAACAGACAAAUGGAGUUUUGGUACCACCUUGUGGGAAAUCUGCAGUGGAGGAGAUAAGCCUCUGAGUGCUCUUGAUUCUCAAAGAAAGCUUCAAUUCUAUGAAGAUAGGCACCAGCUUCCUGCACCAAAGUGGACAGAAUUAGCCAAUCUUAUAAAUAAUUGUAUGGAUUAUGAAUCAGACUUCAGGCCUUCUUUCAGAGCCAUCAUAAGGGAUCUUAACAGUUUAUUUACUCCAGAUUAUGAACUAUUAACAGAAAAUGAUAUGUUACCAAACAUGAGGAUAGGUGCCCUAGGGUUUUCUGGUGCUUUUGAAGACAGGGACCCUACACAGUUUGAAGAGAGACACUUGAAAUUUCUACAGCAACUUGGGAAGGGUAAUUUUGGAAGUGUGGAGAUGUGCCGAUAUGACCCUCUGCAGGACAACACUGGGGAGGUGGUGGCUGUUAAAAAGCUCCAGCACAGUACUGAAGAGCACCUCAGAGAUUUUGAAAGGGAAAUUGAAAUCUUGAAAUCCUUGCAGCAUGACAACAUUGUGAAGUACAAAGGAGUGUGUUACAGUGCUGGCCGACGUAAUCUAAGAUUAAUUAUGGAGUAUUUACCUUAUGGAAGUUUACGAGACUAUCUUCAAAAACAUAAAGAACGGAUAGAUCACAAAAAACUUCUGCAGUAUACAUCUCAGAUAUGCAAGGGUAUGGAGUAUCUUGGUACAAAAAGAUAUAUCCACAGGGAUCUGGCAACAAGAAAUAUAUUGGUAGAGAAUGAGAACAGAGUUAAAAUUGGAGAUUUUGGAUUAACCAAAGUCUUGCCACAAGACAAAGAAUACUACAAAGUUAAAGAACCUGGUGAAAGUCCCAUAUUCUGGUAUGCUCCAGAGUCACUGACAGAGAGCAAGUUUUCUGUGGCCUCAGAUGUUUGGAGCUUUGGAGUGGUUUUGUAUGAACUUUUCACAUAUAUUGAGAAGAGUAAAAGUCCACCAGUGGAGUUUAUGCGUAUGAUUGGUAAUGAUAAACAAGGACAGAUGAUUGUAUUCCAUUUGAUAGAACUUCUAAAGAAUAAUGGGAGAUUACCAAGACCAGAUGGAUGCCCAGAUGAGAUUUAUUUGAUCAUGACAGAAUGCUGGAAUAAUAAUGUUAAUCAGCGCCCCUCCUUCAGGGACCUAGCAUAUCGGGUAGAUCAGAUACGGGACAGCAUGGCUGGAUGAAAGAAAUGAACUACAUGCACACCGAGACCAAAGCAGACAUCCAGAACAAAGUUUUGUAUUUCACAUUGCUGUGGACUAUUAUCAUUUAUCAUUAUUACAUAAAUCAUAAUGCUAGCCAGAAGAGAUGUGAAAAUAGCUGCUCAAAACUUUCAAAGUUUAGUGUUUUUUUUCAUGCAGCCAUCUGUACAUGACUUUGAUGGAAAAUCUUGAAUAAGAAAUUUUGUAAAGUUUCAUGAAUUUUAUCAGCCAGUAUAUCUCCUUCUCUGUCAAAGGCAAAAAUAGCAUUUUUCAACUUAGAGAUUUGAGAGAUGAAAAAUUACAAUGUAAAUUUUGCCAUGUUGAAUAUGCACAAAAUACAGUUUUUACCACUAUGUGUAUUAUACUUUGGCAUCUUGUGUGAUUUACACAAGGGCUAGUGGUCAUUAGUAAUGUUUUCUAAUUUUUCCACAAUUGAUCUACAAUAACGUCACUGUACCAACAAAUUAAUGUGCUCAGAAAAUUGAGUAGCACCAUUUUUGCUUUUGUUCAUCCAAACCACUAUUUGACAAUAUUUAGCAGGUCUAUAAUUUAUGGCUUAUAGUUCCAUGUAUUGUAAAUAUUUUUCAAAGCAAAGGGAACAAAAGUCUAUUUUAUUUGUAUAGGAAAUUUCCCUAACCCUAAAGAAUACAUUUUGAAAUGAAACAAGCUUAUAAAAAAAUAGCACAAUCUAUUUUCUUAUUUGUUUCUCUUGUAUCUGUUUGUGGUGAAUAUGCUUUUUAAAUAGAAAUAUCUCCAAUUUUUUUUCCAAGACUAUAAUGAAUAGUAUUCUUUUACAUUUUUGAGAAUAAGAAUGUUAGGAAUGUUGUCAUCCUUUGAGCUCUUGACUGCCAAUAAGAUUCUUUAGUCUUUGAGACCUGUGGUCAUCCAUUAUUAAAUGUAAGCAUAAGCCAUAAAAUAGCUAGGACAUAAUAUCUAGAGACUGAACUUUUUAUUACAGUUACAGAAGAGAUUCCCUUUGUUAGAGUCUCAUAUUCAAUGGAGGAAUGAGGCAAAUUGAUGAAAAAAGUAUGCUUGUUAAUUUUAUAUCAGAAUGCCAGUAGAAAGUUCAUAUUGUAUGUCUUUUAAAAGAAGAGAGAAUACAUAUUUUUAAAUAAAUAUAAAGGAUUGUUUGUGUUGUCAUCUGUUCUAGUGCUACUCCAUUUUAGAUACAGUAUAUAAAAUAAAAUGUGAUAGGGUUUUUUUGUGUGUGUUAUUUAUACAAAAUUUAAGAUGUCUAACAUUUUGGUAAAAGAAAAAAGUGUUCUUAUUUGCAGUGGUAUAUGACAUUUAAAAAAAACUUUUACUUAAGACUUCUGAUUGUUGGGUUGGAGAAGGAAAGGCAAGAAUGCUGUUUCCAUUCUUUAAGUAAUUUUAGUAGGUAAUUAGAUGCAGAAAUCAUAUAAAAUGAGAGACUAUUAGAUUUUUUUUUAAAUUAAGUAGAUUCUUUGAUAAAAUUUAAAUAUACUUUAAUUUAUAAAGUCUUUUCAAUUAUCUAUGUAAGCAAUAAGAUAACUUUGAUUCUAUUACUUUUCAAAUUGAAAGUAGCAACUGCACAGUAUGCUUGAUUUCCAAACUUCGUACUAAAUUACUUAAAAGUGAAUUUUUCUGAGGUAUGUAACAUUUUGUUUUUAAAAACAACUAUGAGAAUUUUGUUAAAACUUUUGAAGUGUUUCAUUUUUCUAAUUUAAAAAUUUCACAGCAUAUUCUUAAGUUUGCAAGACCACCUUAUUGUGAAAUUCCAAGUUUACAUGAAGCUUCUUUUUCACUGAUGGUUUAUGUAAUGUUUUAACUUUUGAUUCUGAGUAUACAUAAAAAGAAAUUAAUCCUGUACCUAUUUACCAGGUUCUCCAUUAGAAAUAGGUAAGUAAUUAACCAAUUAAGUAUUCCUUGAAGUUAUUUUUUGACAUUUUUCUUAGAAUUCUGUAAUUUUGUAUAUAUUAUAUUGUAAUGUUAUCAUCUUUAUAUAAAUCCUUCCAUGUGUACUUGCUUUAGGAAGUAUUUUUUAUGCUAUUUAAAUGUGCUGCCUGAAGCACUGUAAUUUGCCAUGGAAGAAUUAUUAUACAUUAAAGUUAUGUGAAAUUGUU